CCGGUGAAAAGAGGCUCAGUCACUUACUUCCCGGGAAGUGAAGUUCUCUCCCCUAGUCUGCCUAUAUGCCUGUCCAUUAAAACAGCCCUUUGAAGGUGGCGGGGAAGAGCUGCUCUUCCCCCCCGCAGUUGCUGGAUUAACGACUUUUGGGCUGGGACGCCCUUUUGUUUUAUUUUUAUUUUUUGCCCUCUCUGGUUUAUAUUUUAAUUUUUGGGGGAUACUGGACGCCAUGUUGUGGAAACUAGCAGACAAUGUCAAGUACGAAGAGGACUGUGAGGACCGUCACGACAGCAGCAGCAAUGGGAACCCCAGACUGCCCCACCUCUCGGCCGUCAGCCAGCACUUGUACAGUCCGGCACCCCCCCUUUCCCACUCGGGGGCCUCUGAUUUCCAGCCCCCUUACUUCCCGCCCCCGUACCAGCCUCUGCCUUACUCCCAGUCCAGUGAUCCUUACUCUCACCUGGGCGAUCCUUUCUCCAUCAACCCGCUCCACCAGCCGCCGCCUCCCCCCAGCCAGCAGCAAACCAGUUGGCCCAGCCGCCAGACCAGCCAGGACCACUCCAGCUUGUCCCACCACGCUCGGUCUGGUUUGGUGCCCCAUCUCCCGGCUCUGGAAAGCGGCUCUGCUGGGGUGAGAAGGGAAACCUACAGGCGAUCUGAGCUGCUCCUGCCUCACGGCCACGGUCUCGAUGCUUCCAGCUUGGCAGAGAACCUAGGACUGCAUGAAAUGGCCCACCAGAUGGAAGAGGUGCAGCAUGUGGAAGAUCAGCAUUUAUUAAUGCAUGACCAGACAGUCAUUAGAAAAGGUCCUAUUUCACUAACGAAAAACAAUGCAUUAGGUCUCCCUUGCCAGAAGGAUGGACUUAUCGGCGUCGUGAUCAACCCCAACGAAGUAUUCUGCUCUGUUCCUGGGCGGCUUUCUCUUCUCAGUUCGACGUCUAAAUACAAAGUGACAGUAGCAGAGGUUCAGAGAAGGCUCUCUCCUCCGGAAUGUCUCAACGCUUCGUUGCUGGGAGGGGUUCUUCGAAGAGCCAAAUCUAAAAAUGGUGGCCGAUCUCUAAGGGAGAAGCUGGACAAAAUUGGCCUCAACCUUCCAGCUGGCAGAAGGAAAGCUGCAAAUGUGACUUUGUUGACAUCAUUGGUGGAAGGCGAAGCUGUACAUCUUGCCCGAGAUUUUGGCUAUGUCUGUGAAACUGAAUUUCCUUCCAAGGCUGUGGCCGAAUACUUAACUCGGCCGCAUCUGGGGCGUAAUGAGAUGGCUAACAGGAAGAACAUGCUGCUGGCUGCAAAGCAGAUCUGCAAAGAAUUCACUGAACUCCUCACUCAGGACCGCACCCCUCUUGGCAAUGCGAGGCCGAGCCCCAUCUUAGACCCUGGCAUCCAGGGCUGCUUGACUCACUUCAGCCUAAUCACCCACGGCUUCGGGAGCGCUGCGAUCUGUGCUGCCAUGACGUCCGUCCAGAACUACCUGAACGAAGCGCUCAAAAUAGCAGACAAAACGUACAUGAACACCGGCGACCAGAGCCCUGCAGAAACCAAUAAAAGCAUUGAGAAAAUGGACAAGCACCGGAACUGCUGUUAUCCAUUCAUUGUGGGACCAGGGAACCGAAGAUAAACAUGAGUACAAGCUUUUAAUUUCAUUUUUAAAAGAAAAAAAAAACUUUUUAAACAGUACAAAGUGGUGCUAUUUUUUUUUCUUGUAUGGAAGUCUGUUUAGUGCUGUUUCUCAAAACUUUGAAUAAGAUGCUCUUUUUCAUUGCGUACAUCCUGAUAGCAGCGUUCAGAUGGAACACUAAACCGUGGUUUUUUAAUGUUACCUGAAGCCCUGGAAUCGAGAACCUCCUUCUUUGCAGUUGCAAAGAUGAGAUAGGAAGCGUUUGCUUCCUGCCUGACACCAAGUAUAGUUUAUCCGUAUAUUAAAAAAGGACAAACCAUCAUUAGUGUAAAUCAAUCUGCCCCAGUUGAUGCUCUCUAACUGUCUUGGCCUGCAGCUUCCAUCAGCCCAUGGUAAGAGAUUAUGGGAGUUGUAAUCCAAAAUGUCUGAAAGGCAUCAAGAUUGGGUGCAAGCUAUGGUUUGAUAAUAACAAUUCAGAACUAUAAACCCCACGCUGACCCGGGUUGCUUCAAUAAAUCACACGUUUACACACAAAUCAUUGUUUAUCAUUCUGAGAUGUCACAAUAAACUAAGGUUAGUGUUAAACAGAA